GCUUGCUUUCUGCAUUACAUUUCUCUAGCUAUUAAGAUAUGACUAAUGCUCAAUUCAGCUGAAAUGCCAGAAUGCUACAAAAUUAGCUGUAUACUCAACAUGAUAAUUCUAGGCGCCACGACACCAGACAGACCCACACGGGGUUGAUCAACAACAAGCCCCAACGACAUCCAGCCAGCAAAGAAGCCUUGGUGCUACAUUCCCAAUUCCAGUGGGUGACGAAAGCAAGUUCGAGGUCAUUCCCUACUAGACUCAUCACAAAAUUCAAAAGCCAUCCAACAAAACGCCAAUCAAAAUGAGAUUUCAUCCAGUUAUCGUCGUGCCAACCCUGGCCGUUCUGUUCAGCACUGCCCAUGGAUUUGUGACCCCAGCAAGCAGAAUAUCUCACUGCUCUCCUGUUGCUACCACCACGAGUUGGGCUCUCCAAGCGCUCGAUGUGAAAGAACGCGAGGCUUCAUUGGAAAAGCUCGCUGCUGUGGACGAACCUAUUCCGGAGUUCACGGAACUGGUGAAGGAAGAAGAAAACGAAGAAUUCAAAAAGGGAUUUUCCAUCAUCGCCCUGAUUACCUUUUUCAAUGCGUCACUGUCACCCGUCUGGCAUAUGGUCUACGAAGGAAAUGGUCCACCGCCGUUGUUCCUCAAUGCUGUUGUCAGCGUUGUGGCAUUUUUGGGUCUGGUGGCAGGUGGAUCUCUGUUGGACAACUCGGUAGAAUCCAUGUCGGCUUUGAAAGAUAAUCAAGAAGAAAAGUGGAGUGCCAAGAGUUUUCGUGGUGGAAUUGAAUUGGGAUUCUGGAAGGGAUUGGGUACCACUUGUCACAUUUACGGAAUGGCCCUCACCACUGCGAACCACGGUGCCUUUCUCUUGCAGCUAACCACAUUGAUUGUACCUGUCCUGCAAGGACUUCGUGGCGCCGAGGAAAUCCCUCGUCAAAUCCAAUACGCCGUGUUAAUGGCAUUGACUGGUAUCUUCCUUUUUACGCAAGACCCCACCAAGGCGGGUGAAAUUGUGGGAGAUCCAUCCAUGAUGCAAGUGGGUGAUGCCUUGGUACUGGGUGCCGCAUUCUUCUAUUCACUGUACGACAUUCAAACGUUUUACUGGGGUCGCGAGGUCCCUCGUACCGAACUAGUGACAAUCAAGGUGGGGUUCCAAAUGGUACUCUCUUGCAUUCUCUGUGCCGUGGCUGCUCAGACCGAAGUCAUGGAUUACCUGGCAUCCGGACCCGAAUGGAAUGUAUUGGUACCGACAGUGUUGUGGAGCGGUCUCAUUGUCAACGCCCUGGCUACCUUUUUGCAAGUGGGAGGCAUGCAAGCUGUGGGUCCUACGCGUGCACAAACCAUCUUUGCAAGUCAACCCCUGUGGGCAUCCAUUAUGAACUACUUCUUGUUGGGAUCCGUCAUGGGAUUGCAAGGCUUUGUGGGUGGAGGUGCCUUUCUGGGAGCUCUCUUCUUGGCUGCCACUGCAGAAGCACCCUUGCCGGUCCCUGCCACAGAAAAAGAAGCCUAGGAUGGCGCCGGCAUCAAAGCACUGCCAAUCAAUCCACCUUUUUGUAUUACCAUUCAUUUUUGAAGAUCGGAAGGGACCCUCGGCUACCCUUGCAUCGAUCUCGCUUUACACGACGACAAUAUGGGUGCUGCAUGCAUGUACUUCAACAAACAAACAAACAAACAAACAAGAAGCCACUACAUUUGAGACAUGAACAAAAUUAAUACGCUUACGGGUACAUGCAUGAUGAAAAAGGCAGGAGGAAGAAGAAAGACAUGAAAUGAGUUCUCUCUGCCUUGCUCUGGCGGCUAGCUAGCACAACUGAAAACAUAGAACCUGCACUUUUUGAAAAUUAUACGCAAACAGAGGG